GGGCCUCGCGGCGCGCCAAUAAAGCGUGCAGGGGAGGGCGGCGCCUCCCGGCCAUGGAGUCCGUGGCGCUGGUGGCGCCGGUAACGGCGCUGGAGUUCGCCGGGGACGUGCUGCUGGCGGGCACGGGCCCGGAGGUGGCGGCGUUCCUGCUGACCGGCGGCGGCGUGGCGACAGCGGCGGGGCGGCGGAGCGUGCUGCGUGAGGCCAGCGUGCUGGGGCUGCGGGCCGAGCCGGGCGGCGGUGGGGAGGGCUCCGUGGUGCGGGUGGCGGCGUUUGGCGGCCGCUGGCUGGCCGUGCUGGCGGUGCGGCGGGGGUCCGGCGGUACCGGGGGCUCCCCGCUUCUGGCGGUGUGCGGCGGCGGGGGGGCGCGGCAGCUGGGGGAGCGGGUGUGGGAGGCUCGCUGGCUGCCGGGGGGGCGGCUGGCGCUGGCGCUGGGCGGCGGGGCCGUGGCGCUGUACGAGUGGCGGGGCGGGGGGCGCUGGCUGCGGCGGGCGCGGUGCGGGGGGGCCGGGGCGCUGCGCUGCGCCGUGCUGGCGGGGACGGGCUGGGGGCGACUGGCGCUGGCGGCCGGCACGGCCAUGGGGGACGUGGUGCUGUGGAGGGCGGCGGAGGCGGAGGAGCCGCGGCGGAGGCUGCGGGGGCACCGGGGCGCGGUGCUGGCGCUGAGCUACGCGGCGCCCCGGGGGUUGCUGGCCUCCGCCUCCGAGGAUCGCAGCGUGCGGCUCUGGGCAGUGGGAGAGCUGGGAGGGAGCGGUGAAGCCGUGUGCCUGCUGCUGUGCUACGGGCAUGGGGCCAGGGUGGCCGCCGUGGCGCUCCGGGGACCGAGCCCGGUGAGCGCCGGGGAGGACGGAGCCUGCCUGGAGUGGGGCGGUGGCGGCGACGUGCGGCGGGCGAGGCGCGGGCACCGCGGGGCCCUGCGAGCCCUGGCCCUGCGCCCCGCCGGGGGGUGCCUCGCCACCGGCGGCUCCGACGGCGGAGCACGGCUCUGGAAGCCCCGGCGGGACGCCCCGAGCCCGGUGGCGGUGGCGCUGGGAGCCCCGGGGCGGCCGCGGGCUGUGCGGCUGGCGGGGCCACACCGGGUGCUGGCGCUGGGCGAGGCGGGUGGGCUGGAGGUGUACGAGGAGGCAGCAGGGCGCUGGGUGCCACUGCUCGGCCCCGCUGCCACCCCCGGGCCCCGCGGGGUGCUGGCUGUCACCCCCCUGCCCGGUGGGACCGACACGCUGUGCGCCCUGGCUGGUGGCCACGGGCAUCUUCUUGUCUUCACCCUCGACCAGCCCAAGCAUGCCGCCAGGCUGAGGCUGUUCGAGGGGGCUGUGAUGGGGCUCAGCUGGGCCCCCCGCCCCGGGCUGCCCCUUGUCACCGCUCUGCUGGCCUCCGGUCCCCACGGGGAGAUGCUCUGGCUGGAUGUCACCUGCUGCCCCGGGCGGGCACCCUCGGUGCGGCUGAUGGGGCGCUACCGGCUGCCCCCCUGCAGGCAGCGCUGGCACACCUGUGCUGCCUUCCUGCCCCAGGGAGGGCUGCUGGUGUGCGGGGACCGCCGGGGCUCCCUCCUCCUCUUCCACUGCAGCAGCUCCCCGGGGACGGACACAGAGAACAGCAGCACUGCUGACAGAGGUUCCCCAGUUGGUGAAGACUCUGAGAGUGAGUCGGAGCUCUCUUGUUUGUCUCACGAUGGGACUCUUCCCGUUGAGGAACCUCUCUCCGUGCUCUUUGGGCUGCACGGGAAGGCCGGGGUCACCUCGGUGAGCUGCCACAAGGAUUACAUCUACAGCACGGGCCGGGACGGCUGCUACCGCCAGCUGCGCCUGCAGGGCCGGCAGCUGGAGGUCUUGUGGAAGCACAGGCCCUGCAAAGGGCUGCAGUGGAUCGAGGAGCUGCGCUUCACCCCCGGCGGGGACCUCCUCGUGCUGGGAUUUCACGCCGACAACUUCGUGGUGUGGAGCACCAGGACUGGGGAGAACCUCCACUGCAUCCCCUGCGGAGGAGGGCACCGCUCCUGGAGCUACUGCAGCAGCCCCUUGGCCGAAACCUUCACCUACAUCAAGAGCGGGGACGUGAUGCUCUACAGCAGCGAGGCCGAGCCCUGCGAGCAGCAGGUGCUGCUGGAGUCCCUGCAUGGGCGGGAGAUCGCCUGCGUGCGGCGCCUGGGGGCGGUGCAGGCACCCAGCCACCACCCCAUUAAUGUCUUUGUCACCGGCAGCGAGGACACCACGGCCUGCGUGCUCACGCUCAGCGAGCAAUCCCGCGCGGCCGUGCCCCUCGCCAGGCUCAGCGACCACAUCUCCAGCGUGAGGGCACUGGCGCUGGCCAGCCUCGUGCAGCCCGACACAGCGGGUCUGUCCGCCCUCCUGUUCUCGGCGGGUGGCCGGGCACAGAUCGAGUGCUACCGGCUGCUGUGCAGCGCCGACACGGCCUCCGAGAGCGCGGUGUCCUGCCAGGUCAUCCACAUGGCCUCCCACCGGCUGGUCGAGCACUGGGACCGCAUGAAAAACAGGCACAAGCUCGUCAAGAUGGACCCGGAGACAAGGUACAUGUCCCUCUCCGUUGUGCCUGGGACCACCACCGAGAAGCUGCUGGCACCCUGCAAGUUCCUGGCCGCUGCGUGCAGUGACGGAUCCGUGCGGCUCUUUGUGCUGCUGGAGGCCACCCAGAGGCUGCUGCUUGUGGCAGAGUCGUUUCACCACCAGCGCUGCGUGCUGAAGGUGGAGGCGUUCCUGCACACACAGGCAGGAGGGGAGAGGAGACACCUCCUGUGCAGUGCUGCAACCGAUGGCAGUGUCGCCUUCUGGGACAUCACCGCCCCUAUCAGGGAUGCCGUGGAUGCCCUACAGCACGCUGAGGGGGAAAUGCAGCCCCUGGCCCUGGGCACCCCACUGCUCACCGUCAUGGCUCACAGCUGUGGCGUCAACAGCCUCCACAUCCGAGAGCUGUCCGAGGGACGCUUCCUGGUGGCCAGCGGCAGCGACGAUGGCUCCAUCCACGUGUGCCUGCUGGAGGUGGCGCUGAGCCGCGACGAGGCUGUGCCAGAGCCCUGCCUGCGCAUCCUGGAGCGGGUCUCCAGGCCCUGCGCCCACGCUGCCCACGUAACGGGGAUCAGGGUGCUGCAGCCGGACCUGCUGCUCUCUGCCUCCGUGGACCAGCGCCUGAGCCUGUGGCGCCUGCACUGGGGCGGCCUGGAGGCGCUCAGCACCUCCUUCUUCCAUGUGCCCGACCUGGCCGAGCUGGACUGCUGGGAGGAGGCGGAGGCAGGGGGGGAGCAGUGCUGGUACUGCGUGCUCUGCGGGCACGGCCUGGAGCUGCUGCGCUGCGCCUGCCCCCGGGCAGCCCUAUGGAGAGAUGAUGCCCGGUAAGAGGGGGGCGCACAGCAAAUCCUGCUCCCCUGCGGUGACACGUGUGUUCUGUCACCUCAGCCCCUGCCCUAGCCUGGAGCUGGGGGGGCUCAGUCCCUCGGGGUAGCACAGCCUUGCCUGGGGGCAGCUGUGGCCUGGCCCUGACAGCUCCCAGGCACUAAAGGAAGAGCAAGGGCACCAGGACCUGCCCUGCCCAGGAGAGUGUGAGCUCUCGUUUCUCCUCCCAUGGUAAGGGAGGGGUGGGGUGCAUCUUUCCAGCUCUGCACUGCUCAGCCACUCUAGGGCUGGUGCUCUGGGUGCAAUCCCACCACCCCAAAAAGCCUGGUGCUGUUUUUAGGACAGCAGGCUCCACGUAAGCAUCGCUGCCCUGCUGCUAGGCAGGGGUGUGGGAACAGGCAGCAGCACAGCUCUCCCAUCCUGUGCUCAGCACUGACCCUUUCCCAGUCCCCACAUCCCUGUCCCUCCCUGCUCACAGUGGGGGGUCAGACACGCAGCAUUUGUCCAGCAACGCCUGUAUUGGACCUGUUGGACCAAAGGUUCUGUCCUGGCAGCCCUCUGGCUGCAGGAGCUCUCUGCCAGCAGAGCUGCCCUUCAAUAAAUGGCUUUGGAGA